AAACAGUAUUGACCGACGAUUUAUUCUAGACUGUAAUAGUAAUAGUAGUAGUAAUAUGAUUGUUUAUUAUAAAACCAAAAAAAGCAUUCUACUUUUUUAUGCAUGCAAAUUCAUAAAAAUGCGCAUUAUUUGCUGCUACUAUCGGUCUCUAUUUUGCCUUCCCGAUCUAUUAUACGCGGAAUAUUAUAGGAUAAACAAUUUAUCAUUCGCGGGACUUUCUGUUUAUAUUUGGUUUAUCUUUGAAAUGAGACCUAAAUGACAAAUAUAGUAAUUAUCAUCAAAUAAUCUUUCUUUUUUUUAG